UUCAAAUGCAUUUACCAGUGGCGCUUUUUCUUCAGCUCACUAACAAUUGGCGUUCACUGUUGCCGCUUAAAUGUUUAUCCUGCUACUGCAAUAGCGACUCGAACGCGUUUUUUAAGGACAUAUGAGGAUUAUUUUAAAAGUGCUUUUAUCGUUUUGAGUUCAGCCAUUUGCUGUGUCUCUAUACAACCCCAAAUAUGAAGUCUACAACAUGCAGUAAAGACUCUAGAGUUGUAUGCCACAUGGAGAAACCUGAAACAGACCUCGGUGAGAUAAAGGGUCGCCCUGUUUCGCCACGAAAAACGGGCAGCCCUCGCUCCCCCGCGACGGCCUACGUCUCCACCCCUCUGGAGACCAAGAGCAAAGGCCCUCACAAUAAAGAAAACUACCGGGAGAGGAACCUCAACCGGGAGGUGACAUCAGACGACGAGGUCAUUCUGAGCAGUAGCGGUUUCACCGAGGACAGCGGAUAUCUUUCCCUCCAAAACAGUCAGGUGGAGCAUGUGGAUGCGGAUGGUGCCGACUCAUUGGAGAGGAGUGAAGAGAAAUGUGUGUCCUCUCAGUCCUUGCACGUUGAGCGUCACUCUGCACCCUGUCUGCCCGUGCUCAAAUUUCAAGAAGAUGUGUGCAAAGAACUGGCGAAAAGCUUUAAAAAGAGCAAAAGUUACGAUUGGACGGUUGUUAAUAAGGUUGCUGAGAAUUGUGGUCUCCACAAUGUGAUCGGUGGGAAAAUGGGACUUGAGUUUGCUGAUAUACUGUCUGGCCUGUUGAGGAAAGACAUGCGCCACAUUCUUGCCAGGAUUUUGGGUCUGCUAGGUGAUUGCGACUUGAUCAGUUGUAAGAAAGUGAGUCGGACGUGGCAGAAAAUCAUCUGCCAGGAUAAAAUGGCCCUUCGGAGGUGCAGAGAAGCAGAGAGAAGACAAAGGGACUCUGGACGGCCUAUGGGAUCCUUGUCUCGGGACUUCACCUUAAGCAGGGUGGUGUUCUCCUGUAUGCAGGGCGUAGCCUCUACACCAAUUCACAAAGCUGUUAAGAAAGUGCAGUGCCAGACGAAUGGAGUGCAAAACACCAGAUCGAGUCGUUUCCAACAGUUUCAUCAGGUUGCUAAAUCACUAAAACAGGAUGAAUCACUACGAGCAUGCGUCCUCUGUGGCUCUCCGGCACGCUUUGAUGAUGCAAUGCAGCGGGCGGUUUGCACACGGCUUAGCUGCGCCUUUGACUGUUGCACAAAGUGUCAAUUACCGUUCCACAGUUCGGACCCGUGCCGUAGCACCGUCCGGUCUUUCUCCUCCAAUUCAUCGCAAAGGACGCUUAUCGCCGGCUCUGCUCGAAGCAAGAGGAACGUACGGCGUCUCUGAGCACCGGUGCCUUAAGAAAAAACGUUACUAAGAACUUUUUUAAAAAAGAAAUACUGCCUCUUAAAACUUUUAUUGAAUAUUUUAUCCUUGAUUGUUGCGCAUUCCUGAAUGUGACGUGAAUUUUGGCCACGUUUGUGGCCGUUGCACAAUGUGAAAAACUAUCAUUCUGUAUUCCAAAAAAAAAAGAAUUCCUAAGGGAGGUUAAACAGCCUCCUUAAGAUUGUACAUUUGAAUGUUUUAUAAGAUUUUAUAGAUGUUUUAUGAAAUCUGUGUUGUUUUGUCUUGACUGAAAUUUGUAAAUAUUUAAAUGGUUGAAUAAAGCCUUGUAUA